AUGUCCGCUAAAACUUCAAAGACAAUCAACUACACAGACACGAAGUUUGUUACUGAAACUGGGGAUGAGAAAUGUGGUUUUGAACUCAGAGUUGUUGACAUGCCCACUAAAGUGCCUGCUGAAGCACUUGUGCCUAAUACAAAUUGGAAGUCUCCACCUCUGCCAACCAUUGAUGACAAGUUAACAAUGCCAAAGCCUGAUCUCACAGUUGGCUACAGAUAUACCUAUAUCAAGGCAUACAAAGCCAUUCUGGACUUGGUCCCUUUUCUACACCUGUUAUCUGUCAGCCAGGAUUGA